AUGUCUCCAGUCCUCUCUCUCCUCUCCGAAUGGCACAUGACUAAGCGCUCCACCAGUCUCCCCAAACGCAUAGGCAUGCUGUGUUUAGAGAUUCUCGCUCUGGCUGCCGCUAUGCUUCUCGUACCCACACUCAUACACCAAGCAGUUCGCGCCCUGGACGUCGUGUACGAGCAUCUCGGGCGAAGAGCGCGGUCACCAUGGGAGUACGGUACAUGGCUGAGCAUCGCCCUGAGCGUGACGGGUUUGACCAUGUGGCAUCUGUGCUUAGCGCGGUUGAGCUGGGGUACCGUACUAGAGCAAGAGAGGAAGACGAUGACCGAAGGAGAAAUACAGAAAGACAGGAAUGAAACUCUGGACUCGAAUAGCACAAACAGUGUAGAAAGGAAAUCGCAAAACAUCACAUGGGGCAGAAUACUCAGUCGCAUCGUUAUACCCGCCUUACUCCUCGUUCUGGGCACACACUUUGCUUACGCACUCGUGCGUAGAGUGUGGGUCCCCAGACCGCUGGUUACACGCAACGAGGUCGAUAUGAUGGAUGUCAUGGGCCAGUUGUAUGGGUUAUGA